GAGAGACAGUGAGAAGGAAGAGCGGCGUAGGCACACAGCAAGAACUCUAGCAGUCUGUCAGAUCCUGCCUGCGGUGAGGACUCCCAGUAGAAGUGCAUUCCUGAGGCAGCCAGCGACAAAUGGCAGCAGGAGAGCGCGGAGGAGAAGUCCUGACACCCUUUAAAUCUUUUCAUGACCAGGACUGACUGCCUCUGACCUCCGCCGGAUUCACGCGCUCAACACAAACACACACACUCGCAGGUUGCUUUGCACAGCAGCGGAACAACCGGCUCUGCUACCCUGCGAGAAGUGAAGAUUUCCCCCAACUGUGGUUAAAGGAAGGGGUGACAGAGUGGGAAUUUAAACUCCUUGAAGAGAAGGAGAGGAUCCUCUGUUUUAAGGGUCAUGCAGCGGUAAGCCGUGCCAAGCCAAGCUGAGCUGAUCUGCUUUGAGGACCAUCUUACCUCUCACCCUGUCCUGUUUGGUCCCAGAUGGAGCUCAAAGUGUGGGUGGAUGGAGUAGUGCGUGUGGUAUGCGGCCUGUCUGAGGAAACGUCCUGCCAGGAUGUCGUUAUCGCUCUGGCACAGGCCAUCGGUCAGACAGGCCGAUAUGUUCUUAUCCAACGUCUAAGGGACACAGAAAGGCAACUGCUGGCCACAGAGAGGCCUCUGGAGUCUUUGGCAAAGUUAGGCCAACAUGGCAGUGAAGUUCAAUUCUUCCUGCGCCGUACUGGUCCUAGCAGCAGUGAUGGACCUGGCUCAAAACAAGAGAAACCUACUCCCCUUCCACUGCCUAAGCAUCCUGAGCCAGAGACUUCAAAACGGAACCAGCCUAAAAAAGCCCUGACAUUUAACUUGGGACCAUCCACCUCCCCUAAAACCAAGGCCAAACAGCUUAAGGGAUCUCCUCGGGACUCUCCAGAGCAAAGAGCCUCCCCAUCCCCUUCACCGAGCCCAGUAUCACCUCAUAUGCCAUCUCUUUCUCCUUCACCACCUGUUGGUCCUUCCAAAGAAGAGGUCUUUAGAAAAGUUCUUCAGCAACAGGAGAGACUUAGGGCCAUUGAGGCCCAACUAGAAGCCCUAGAGUUGGAGUCGUAUACCCGGGAGCGUCCUUACCCAUCUCCAUGUCCCUCACCGGUGUCUGAUGCUCGCUUAAAAGAGGAGAUUGACGCUUUGGAGCAAGCAAUGCGGAGGAACCAGGCUGAGCUUGCCCACGAGCAGUAUUGGGAGGAAGAACUUCAAGCAGAGGUGGAGAGGGAGCGAGGGAUGAGGAGGAAGCUGGGGGAACUCCAUGCCAAGCUAGAUGACUGUGGACGACGGCUCCAUGAGUUCUCGGUUCGCUCUGCUCAGCUGGAACAAGAAAUCCAGCGAGAGAGCCAGGCAGAAGGCAAAGCCAGUGGGCCUGAGGAGUCGCUUGAUGCUGUGAGGGCAGAGAUUCGGAGCCAGGAGAGGCAUGGGACAGAGCUGGAGGAGCAGCUAUCUGAGGCUGAUAAGGCUCUGGGGAAGGCAGAGUCUCUACUGCAGGCCCGACAAGAGGAGCUGGAGGAGUUGAAUAAGGAGCUGAGGCAGUGUAACUUGCAGCAGUUUAUUCAACAGACAGGCGUCCUGCCAGCACAUGCACACUCACGCACAGAGCUGCAGGAACAUUUGGAGCAGCUGGAACUGGCUCAAUUUCUGCAGAAUGGAUACGGGAAUGGCCGCAGCGAAACUCCGGUGGAAUCUCCGCCUCGGCCUACUGCAAAACAGUUCCUGGGACAUCCACGAAAUCUACAAAACCCUCUAGUGUCGAGUCUCAACCCUGAGGUCCUGACAUCCCGAGAGUCGUCAUGGAGAUAAAACAUGGACCGCAGGGCCAAGGGAAAGUUGUUCACUGUUGUGUCACCAUCGCCUCUUAUUUAACUCUUUGCUUUAUAACACCUCCAUUCAAUAUUCAAUGUAACAUAUACGUACUGUAUAUACGUAAAACAAAUAUAUUUCCAGAGUUUUGCUACUAUAAACACUUCAGAGUAUCUGUAUGAAAUGUUAAAUAUUUUAGGAACCUUUGACCAAUAGAAAUUAUUACUAUUAUGAUGUAUUUAAAUAUAAUAAAAUGUGCAUUGUGUUUUAGAUAAUCUA